AUGAACCCAGAGUGUGACAGGCACGCGGGCGCCGGAGCGCUGUGCCUGGCAGCCGAGGCCGGUUGCCGCGAGGCGGUGCGCGCGUUGUCUGCGCCCGCGGCCGCCGGGCCCGACGCGUGGGGCAGCACGGCGCUGCAGUGGGCGGCGGCGCGCGGCCGGGACGCGGCGGUGGCGCUGCUGCUGGAGGAGGGCCGCGCAGACGUGCGCGCCGCAGACCGGGACGGCGUGACGGCGCUGCACGCGGCCGCCGCCCGCUGCGGCGCGCCCACCGUGGAGGCGCUGCUGCGCGCCGGCGCGGACCCGGCCGCCGCAGACGGCGAGCUGGCGCAGCCGCUGCACUGGGCGGCCGCCGCGGGCAACGCGGCCGCGCUCGCCGCGCUGCUGGAGGCGUGCCGCGGCCGCACGUGCGACCCGCCCGACGCCACCGGCCAGACGCCGCUGCACUACGCGGCGCGCGCCGGCUGCGUGGGCGCGGUGCGCGCGCUGCUGGUCGCGGGCGCCUACCGGCGCGCCCUGUGCGCCGGCGGCCGAACGCCGCUGCACGUCGCGGCGUUUCACGCGCGACCCGCCACCGUGCGCCUGCUGCUGGCCGACGGCGCGCAGGAUGUCAACAGGCCCGACGACCACGGGCAGACGCCGCUCUACUGCGCGGCCGUGGGCGGCAGCAUCGCGGCGGCCGCCCUCCUGCUAGCUGCCGGCGCCGACAAGGCGGUCUGCAACAAGGCCGGCUUCUCCCCGCAACGGGUGGCGCUCGACCAGGGCCGCCACGACCUGGCCGCGGUUCUGGACGAGAACGACGACAGCCCGGUCGUCGACGAACGCACGGCACUUCAUUGGGCAGCAGAGGAAGGCAACGACGACGAGGUGGUGCGCCUUCUGCAGGCCGGGGUGGCGCCGGUGGACGCUGCCGACGCGGACGGCCUGACAGCUUUGCACCUGGCGGCAGCCCACUGCGGCGAGCGCGCCGUGAGGGCGCUGCUGGAGGCGCGAGCAGACCUGCACGCCAGGGCGGGCGACGGCCGCUCGCCGCUGCACUGUGCAGCCGCCACGGGCCGCACCGCCAACGUGCGCGCACUGCUCGAAGCAGGCGCCGGGCCCAACGUGCCCGACGCCAAGGAGGAGCGGCCGCUGCACCUGGCGGCGGCCGCGGGAGCCGUGGCGACGGUGCACGCGCUGCUCGACGGCGGUGCCACUGGAGACGCGCGCAGCGCAGACGGCCGCUCGCCGCUGCUGUUCGCCGCCUGGUACGGACACGCAGCCGCUGUCGACGCGCUGCUGACGGCAGGCGGCGCAGACGUGACAGUGACCAACCGGAACGGCAGGUCGGCGCUGCAGUGCGCCGCGCGCAGUGGCUCCGUGCUGACGGCGCGCUUGCUACUGGCCGCCGGGGCAGAUGUCAACGUCAGAGACCGCAACGGGAAGACCGCCGUGGAUGUCGCCAAGAAGCGCGACCACAAGGUUCUCCUAAAAGUUCUGCGCGAAUCUUAA